CCCUAGUUUUAACUUUCUCGCUCUUCUGGAUAAAAACAUCUUACGAGACUGAUAUAUAUCAAGGCCAGUUCGCUGGUUAUCACUCACCCACUCACUCACCAACACCGCCACGACGAUUACUGGGAGAGUAAAUUGUCAAGAUGACAGUCAAACCCAUCACCACCCCCCUCGGGCACUCCCUCCCUCCUCAUACUCCGCACGCCCUCACUGUCCACCUCCCCGGGUGGGACACCUUCAUCCGGCUUCGCGAUGGUGACCAGGAAAUAGGCAAGCAGCUUAGGAGCAUGUAUCCGCGGUUUUCACCCCUUUCGUGUGUUAAGGAGCUCGGCAUCAGACUCCUCACCCACCUCUCUUUUGCGUAUCCAGAAUCAGGCAUCUCCCCCACCACCCACGGUUGUCUCCCUUUUACCACCCCCGACGCUUUUUCCCUAGCCGCAGCGCACUGCAUUUCGCACCAUCGGGCGGAUGAACAUCGGUAUAGUGAUAGCGAUGUUUCGAAAGUGGUGUUUCGGGUUGUUGAGUUUUGGGGGGUGAGGCUGUAUCUGGUCAUCUACCCACUACCCAAAGCAAAAGGGAUCAUGGGCGUCUGGACCAAUCCCGGUAUAGGCAUUUCUACUCGUCUUGCUGAGUGGACCGCCACGGGAUCAGAUUUCAUUUCCGGCACUCCCAUUAAGGAAGACAUACCCGAACCAACAUACCUCCCCGAAAGCGACGCACACGAAAAACUACGUGAACGAAUCGUGGCUCUCUGUCAGCGUAUCCCCCGCGACGUCGAGCUUGCCUCCCGAUUAACGACCAAAGACGUGUUCUUGUACACAACAGGUAUGGCGGCUGUUUUUCGUCUGCAGGAGGCCUUGUUCAAAGCUGCUGGACGGAGAGGACCGGUGGUGGCGCUGGGAGCGGUGUUUCAUUCUACGUUUCAUUUGUUUGAGGAACUUGAGGGGACCACUACCACCAAAGGAGAAGAAGAAGAGGUGGAAGGGUUCAAGCACUUUGGGGAAUGUGAGGAUUCGGAAAAGGUGAUGGAUCAGUUGGAGGAAUAUGCAAAGGGGCUGAAGCAAAAGGGAAGGAAGGUGGGGUACGUGUUUGUGGAGUUUCCUAGUAAUCCGCUUUUGGUGAGCGUGGAUUUGGGGAGGUUGAGGAAGAUCGCUGAUGAUUAUGACUUCCCGGUUGUUGUGGACGACACGGUCGGGUCGUUUUGCAAUCUCGAUGUGUUGCCGGUGGCGGACGUGGUGGUUUCGUCUUUGACGAAGACGUUUAGUGGGUAUGCCGAUGUAAUGGCCGGCUCAGUCCUCCUCUCCCCCUCUUCGCGCUACUACUCCCUCCUCUCCUCCACCCUCACCACCACGCACCACAACGCCCUCUCCCCACCCGACGCCGCCCACCUCCUGUCCAACUCCUCCUCCUACCUCGCCCGAUCCAAAACGCACAACCUCAACGCCCAAAAGCUCGCCUCCCUCCUACACGCUUAUUCCACCACCCACCAAUCGCCCCGCGUCAUCUCCCGCGUUCUCUACCCCUCCAUUCCCUCCACCACGUCCUCCACCACAGGCACCGCUUACUACCAGCAAUACAUGCGCUCCGGUACCGCCCCUGCGCCCACUGGCCCGCCCUACGACGAAAUGGAGGGCAACGACUCCUUCACCCCCGGCUUCGGAUGUUUGCUGUCCAUCGAUUUUCCCUCAAAGAGAGUGGCAAAGGCGUUUUACGACCAUUUGCAUGUCCACCAAGGUCCCCAUCUUGGCGCGCAUCUGACAAUCACCUUGCCUUUCAACGAUUUGCUGUGGGGUGCGGAGGAGAGAGAGAGAAAGUAUCAUGCGGGGUAUGGAGCGGUGCCGGAGCAGGUCAGGGUGAGUGUUGGGUUGGAGGAGUGGGAAGAGCUGAGAGAGGUGUUUGAGGAGGCUUUGAAGUAUGCUGAGGAGGAGGCUGUGAAGGAGGCUGCCUGCUGAGGAGGAGGGAAAGGCGUAAGGAAGGGGGGAGGAAGGAGUAAGAAGGGGUAAGGGUGGUAGAUCCUCCACGCUCAACGCCAGACAUUGGCUGUAUGAAGCUCAACUCAACUCUUUGACAACAGAUAAUCCAUACAUCAAACCACAUCCUAAAAUCUACGAGUACACAACUCUACUCAUCCUCAGACGGCCUGCCCUUCAUGACCUUGGCCAUAUCCUCAUUUACCAUACUAAACGCACCGCUUCGUUCCCAAAUCGGCGGCAAUUCAAGCAACGAAUCACCGCUGAAACUCCUCUGCACCGCCGACCCACAA